UAGUCAGUGAAUUGAGCCGGGGGUGUGGAGCCGCCAAGAUGGAGCCGGCAGCCGGCACUCCCGGCCCGCUGAUCAUGAACAACAAGCAGCCUCAGCCGCCGCCACCUCCGCCGCCUGCAACCGCGCAGCCUCCACCUGGGGCACCGCGGACCGCCGGGGGCCUCCUGCCUGGUGGCAAAGCCCGAGAGUUCAACCGCAACCAGAGAAAAGACUCGGAGGGCUAUUCUGAGUCUCCAGACCUGGAGUUUGAGUAUGCUGACACAGACAAGUGGGCUGCAGAGCUCUCAGAGCUCUAUAGCUACACGGAAGGACCAGAAUUCCUGAUGAAUCGAAAAUGCUUUGAGGAGGACUUCCGGAUGCAUGUGACAGAUCGGAAGUGGACCGAGCUGGACACCAACCAGCACCGCACCCACGCCAUGAGGCUGCUGGAUGGCCUGGAGGUCACUGCCAGGGAGAAGAGGCUCAAGGUGGCUCGGGCGAUCCUCUAUGUUGCCCAAGGCACCUUUGGGGAGUGCAGCUCAGAGGCCGAGGUUCAGUCCUGGAUGCGCUACAACACCUUUCUGCUCUUGGAGGUGGGCACCUUCAACGCUCUGGUGGAGCUUCUGAACAUGGAAAUAGACAACAGUGCUGCCUGCAGCAGUGCCGUGAGGAAGCCAGCCAUCUCUCUGGCUGACAGCACGGACCUGAGGGUCUUGCUCAACAUCAUGUACCUGAUUGUGGAGACCGUUCACCAGGAGUGUGAGGGUGAUAAGGCCGAGUGGAGGACGAUGCGACAGACCUUCAGGGCUGAGCUGGGUUCCCCGCUGUACAACAGUGAGCCAUUUGCCAUCAUGCUCUUUGGGAUGGUGACCAAAUUUUGCAGUGGCCAUGCGCCUCACUUCCCCAUGAAAAAGGUUCUCUUGCUGCUCUGGAAGACAGUGUUGUGCACUCUGGGCGGCUUUGAGGAGCUGCAGAGCAUGAAGGCCGAGAAGCGCGCUAUCCUGGGGCUCCCCCCGCUGCCUGAGGACAGCAUCAAGGUCAUCCGCAACAUGAGGGCCGCCUCACCCCCAGCCUCUGCCUCUGACCUGAUUGAGCAGCAGCAGAAACGGGGCCGUCGGGAGCAUAAGGCACUCAUAAAGCAGGACAACUUGGAUGCCUUCAACGAGCGGGAUCCCUACAAGGCUGAUGACUCUCGAGAGGAGGAGGAGGAGAAUGAUGACGACAACAGUUUGGAGGGGGAGACGUUCCCCCUUGAGCGGGAUGAGGUCAUGCCUCCCCCACUGCAGCACCCCCAGACCGACAGGCUGACUUGCCCAAAGGGGCUCCCGUGGGCUCCCAAGGUCAGGGAGAAAGACAUUGAGAUGUUCCUCGAGUCCAGCCGCAGCAAGUUCAUAGGUUACACUCUGGGCAGUGACACGAACACAGUGGUGGGGCUGCCCAGGCCAAUCCACGAAAGCAUUAAGACUCUGAAACAGCACAAGUACACGUCAAUUGCAGAGGUCCAGGCACAGAUGGAGGAGGACUACCUUCGCUCUCCUCUCUCGGGGGGAGAAGAGGAAGUCGAACAGGUCCCUGCAGAAACUCUCUACCAAGGCUUGCUCCCUAGCCUGCCACAGUACAUGAUAGCGCUGCUGAAGAUCCUGCUGGCCGCAGCUCCCACCUCAAAGGCCAAAACAGACUCGAUCAACAUCCUAGCUGACGUCCUGCCUGAGGAGAUGCCCACCACAGUGCUGCAGAGCAUGAAGCUGGGAGUGGAUGUGAACCGCCACAAAGAGGUCAUCGUUAAGGCCAUUUCUGCCGUCCUGCUGCUGUUACUCAAGCACUUCAAGCUGAACCACGUCUAUCAGUUUGAGUACAUGGCCCAGCACCUGGUGUUUGCCAACUGCAUCCCUUUGAUCCUAAAGUUCUUCAAUCAAAACAUUAUGUCCUACAUCACUGCCAAGAACAGCAUCUCUGUCUUGGACUACCCUCACUGCGUGGUGCACGAGCUGCCAGAGCUGACUGCCGAGAGUCUGGAAGCAGGUGACAAUAACCAGUUUUGCUGGAGAAACCUCUUUUCUUGUAUUAAUCUGCUUCGGAUCUUGAACAAGCUGACAAAAUGGAAGCACUCAAGGACAAUGAUGCUGGUGGUGUUCAAGUCGGCCCCCAUCCUGAAGCGGGCCCUGAAGGUGAAACAGGCCAUGAUGCAGCUGUACGUGCUGAAGCUGCUCAAGGUGCAGACCAAGUACCUGGGGCGGCAGUGGCGGAAGAGCAACAUGAAGACCAUGUCUGCCAUCUACCAGAAGGUGCGGCACCGGCUCAACGACGACUGGGCCUACGGCAACGAUCUCGAUGCCCGGCCUUGGGACUUCCAGGCAGAGGAGUGUGCCCUCCGUGCCAACAUCGAGCGCUUCAACGCCCGGCGCUAUGACCGGGCCCACAGCAACCCUGACUUUCUGCCUGUGGAUAACUGCCUGCAAAGUGUCCUGGGCCAGCGGGUGGACCUCCCUGAGGACUUCCAGAUGAACUAUGACCUCUGGUUAGAAAGGGAGGUCUUCUCCAAGCCCAUUUCCUGGGAAGAGCUGCUGCAGUGAGGCUCCUGGGCAAGAGGCUGAAAAUGAAAGAAGGGGUGAUCUCCAGGUACCCCAGGGGCUGUCCUGGUUCCUUGCUGCAGUGCUCCCUUCCUCCUCCAGGUGGCAGCACAUCCCUACCGUGCCCUUCUGAGCCAGUGCUGGGCUGGUGGGCAAGUCUGGAUCUGGCUUCUCUUUGAUUCCCAGGGUCCUGCUCGGGAGUGGUCAUCUCUCUGCUUGAGAUCCUGUCUUCCUUCACUCUUCCUUGCCCUCCUCUCUUGGACAUGGUUGCAGCUCCUCUGUCAUUCCACCCAAGGCUGGAAUGGGCUGGGAAUGCAUUAUGUCUGAAUUUCAGGGGUCAUGCUCACUCUUCUGAGACACAAAUCCUUGGCAUGUCAGCUUGCCAAUGAAGGAGGGCUUGGGAUUAGAGCGGAAUCUUGGCCUUGCUCUGGGGGUUUCUGAUGUCAUUCCAGCCUCUUGCUAGGUUUCAUCCAGAAGCAAUUGCAGAGGCUCCUGCAGCUGCCUCAGCAGUUUGGUUUUGGAUAGGGUUAGGGGAGGAGAAGCCUCCCUUAAUCAGAGGGGCCAUUUUUUUUUUCUUGGUGUGUGAGGUCUGUAAAUAUCUAUAUAUACAUGUGUAUUGUGUCAUGUUGAGGUUUUUAAUGUGUUUGUGUAUUCUGUUUACAUUAAAAGGAAGCAAAACCAA